AUGAAGACUCAAAGUGUCUCUUCUCUUAUUGCCUUGGCAUCCACCCUCCAAGUCGCCGCUGCAACUGGUUUUGGCUCAGGCGGCUUGUUCUCUUGCCCAUCUAACACAAACAACGACUGUAUUCCUCAGCAAAACACCGGUUUCGACUGGUCUACCCUCAACCCAGGCAAGCCUGUUACCAGCUAUGGUGGAAUGAACUUCCAAGGAUGGGGUUGCGCCAACUCUUUUGGAAAGCGUGACUCUUUGGUCAAGCGUACAUUCGCCAACACCAAGUGCAUCACUGGUUCUGCCCACAGCGACAAGUCCAAGUCUUCUUCAUUCAGCUGCGGUGCCAACACCGAGGUCAAGAAGUUCUCCGUCACUGAGAUGCACGUUUCCGUAGAGUUCGACUGCGAGCUCGAUUUCCACUUUGAGAUGCCUGAUAAGUCUACCUGCAAACAGACUUCAGGCUGCAGCACUGGCGGGUCUAUUGUCAAGAACACUCAAUGUGGUGGAGCUACCGCAGUUACCAUCGUCUACCCACCAAACAAGGGUAAGAACAACGGAAAGGGCAAGGACAAGUGUGAUCUCGGUAUUCACAGCAUUGGAUUCGACUGCAACCCAGCUUCCAGCACUGUUACCCGUUCUACCUCCACAAAGGCCUCUUCCACCUCCACAAAGGCCACCACCACCUCUACAUCUGCUGCUCAGACCACCCCAAAGACCAGUCCAGCUGAGACUACCACCGCUGCAUCUUCCAGCGCUUCUUCAAGUGCUUCGGUCAGCGUUUCAUCCUCUGAGGUUGUGAGCAGCAGCACUGCUGGAACUACCACUGCUGAGUCUACCACCGUCGAGUCUACUGCUGGUGUUUCUUCAUCCUCCACCUCUGCCACUUCAUACGGUAACUCCAGCACCAUCGCUGUCCCAAGCCCAAGCAGCUCUGGAUUGACCACUCUCGUCUCCACCACCGCAUCAGUCAGCUCUGCUGAGGUUCCUUCCACCACCGAGGGAGCAUCAACCACCGAGUCUUCUGCCGCUGGAACCACCACUGAGUCCUCUGCUGCUGGAACCACCGAGACCACUGCUGCAUCCUCAUCUGUUGAGUCCCCAUCAGUCACUCUCCCAGCUGAGUCUUCCAUUGCCGUCACCACCGUUGUCGUUGUCACCACCGAGACCACCUGCCCAUUCACCUCUACUCACACCACUGCUGGCACCACCAGUGUUGAGGUUGGAACCACCGUCUCCACCAUCACGGUCUCUUCAACUGUCACCUCCACAGUCUGCACCCGAUGCACUGCUGUCCCAACUGAGACCGCUGGUGUCCCAACUUCCCCAGCUGCCACCUCCGCCGUCUCUACCACCUCCACCUCCGCUGGCCCAGCACCAACUGCUCCAGGUGUCCCAGAGACUCUUCCAAAGUGCAUGAACACCUGGAACUUCAUCGUUGGAUGUGUUGACAACACCGACCACUCCUGCUACUGCCCAAGCACCGAAUUCGUCAACAACGUCUUCGAGUGUCUUGCCGCCUACGGAGCUGACGACAAAGCUGUUGCUGAGGCCGCUGCCUACUUCCAAGGUAUCUGCGCACCAUACAUUCCCCAGAACCCAGCUAUCAUCACUGGAUGCCCAACUGUCUCCCCACCAGCUGCUGCCACCACCACCGCUUCAGUUUCUGCUGCUUCUUCAGUUGAGGUUCCAGGUGUUACCGCAUCAUCUGUUUCCGCCUCAUCUGUCUCCGUCCCAGCUGUCUCCCUUCCAUCUCCAUCAUCCGUCGAGAUCCCAGGUGCCACCGCUGCUCCAUCAGUCACCCCAGCACCAGUUGCUCCAAUUGCCAACGUUCCAGUCACCACCAUCUCAUUCGUCUCAACCAUCACCGUUCCAUGUGUUGAGUCCACUGGUGUCUCUUCCGGUCUGGUCAUCCCAUCCUCCUCCACCACCACCGCAAUCUCCACCGUCAUCACCGUCCCUCAAGUCGUAUUCUCCACCCCAACCGCCGCACCAUCCGGAACAGCCACCGCUGCCGUCCCAGUCCUCGUCGUCGGCACCCCAGCCGCCGUCCCAGCAGAGACCACCCCAGUCUCCGGCAACUCAGGCAGCGCCCCAACAACCAUUGCCACCGUCCCAAUCGCCGCCCCAACAGGAGGCAACAGCACCGCCUCCCCAACCGCUCCCCUCCUCGCCAACAGCGGUUCCUCCACCGGCGUUGCCUUUGGCAGCAUCCUGGGCGCGGCUCUCCUCGCCAUCUUCGCUUUGUAA